UGGACUUUCUGCCUCAUGGCUUUCUCUCGGCGGCUGCUGAUAACAGAACUGGAGGAUAUCCGGAAACUGCAAUUGCCCUAUUUCACCAACAUCCAAGUAAACCAGUCCAACUUCUUGGUCUGGCAAGGACUCAUAGUACCUCAGGAGAAGCCCUACGACAAGGGCGCCUUCCUGGUCGAGAUAACCUUUGCUCCUGAGUACCCUUUCAAGCCGCCCAAGGUCAUCUUCCGCACCAAGAUUUACCACCCUAACGUCAGCGAGGAUGGUCAGAUCUGCCUACCCCUUCUACAGCCGGAGAACUGGAAGCCAGCAACGAGACUGGAACAGGUUAUAGAAAGCCUUGUGGCAAUGAUACACAGUCCCCAGCCCGACCAUCCCUUGCGUCCAGACUUAGCUGCGGAAUAUGUCCAGAACAAAAAGAAGUUCUUCAGAGUCGCUGAACGGUUCACAGUCGAAUACGGAGAGAGCAGGCCGUGAAAAUAGUGAUUAAAAAUGUGUUGUUCAUUGCUCUUGUGCAUUUACAGUGGCUCAGACAGAUUGAACUAUAAACUGUAGAGUUUUCUUAUCGUCCAGAUGAAAACAUAAUUUAGUUUAGUUUUUAAAUGUUUAGUGUUGCAGUCGAGGUUGGAUUGAAAUAAAUUUUAUUGCACUA